AUGGGCCCUCGAGAGGCGGCGAAGACUUGCCAGUCGAGCGUGGCGUCCGGCUCUACUGGCCUCACCCGUCAGAGUCGUAGAAGGCGGUCAAAGGAGGCGCCCAAGCAUACACCACGUCUCGCGACAAGCUUGACCACAUGCUUGGUGGCCUCUGUUCUGAUCAUCAACCCGACAGCGUUUCCGAGAGCAGCAGCAGCACCGACCCCGUCACCUGCACCGAAUCUCGCCCAACAACCGUUUCCUACUGCCGACAGCUAUGCGCUUGGCACGUCGUGGUCCGAUCGAGGUGUGCAUGCUGCACAACACUCCAACUUGCCACGCAGCUCUCUCGACGAGGCUCGGGAAAGAGGGAGAGCGGACAGGCACCAUCAGGGCAGCAAACGAGCGCGGCCUCCGCGACAAGCUUCCCUGCACUUGGAGGAAUCACCGGCAUGGUCAGAGACCUGGUCGAUGCUACCAGAUGACGUUACGCCCCGCUUCUGCCAACAACGAGAUGAUAGCAAAAGCUCAGCAUAUGCGACCCAAUUGCGGAAGCGCGCGCAUCUCCGUGACGACGAAUUUCAACCGCUUCCACGCACGCCUUCAUCAGCGGCUCAGCUGCACGCGCGAGCACCGUUUCCGACAUCUCGGCCUACCAAGACAAUGCAACCGAGAGGCGCCUUGCUAUCUACGUUGUCGAACGGACGCACUGUGGUGCCCUCAGCAUGGACGUCUGGCCUGGCAUCCUCAUGGCGACCGCAGGACAGGUCGGUGUGGUUCCAAAAGAAGGCCGUCAUAAUAGUGUCCAUCUUUUUGGCGAUCUUUAUCGUGCUCAUCAUCGGUGCGGCGGUAUUCUUGCGCGAUAGAGCGUCCGAUGACGAUGAGCUGGAGGAAUACGCGGAUGCCGACGAUCUGGCUGUCGAGCGCAUGCGCGAAGAACGUGAGAUGCGUAACGCAGGGCGGGGGGCUGGUGGCGAAAAAGCUGGCUGGAAACAGAAACGACAAGAGAAGAGAGACCGCAAGAGGCAAGAGAAAGAGCUCAGGAGUAUUGGGAGCGCAAGCAAGGAGGCGAGCACCGGUAGCUCGACUGCGGUGAGCAGGAGGGUUGUUAGUCGAUGGAUUCGAGCACCCGCCAAUCGCCUGCUGCGACGUUCGAGCGAUGAUGCGCCUUUGUCAGAGCCAAGAGCUAUCAGAGAGGACGAUGACGGAGAUCGACGGUCCAUUGCAAGCCGACUGGGAUCCGCUCACAGAAGAAACACUGCGCCUCGACUGGGAGACGGAAGGGGCGAGAGCGUAGAGGUCGUGUAUGACGAUGAUGCUGCGGGCGCCGAUCGCGAACGCCCAGGACUCGCGAUGGACAUGCGUCCUCGUGGUGUCUCCGACCCCGCUACGCUGGACUCCGGCGACAGAACGUCCCAUCCAUUGGAGCGGCGCGGAUCAGAUCAGCGAGCUUCCUCUCCAUCAGUGGAUUUGCGCACCGGCUACAGCUCAAGCUUGUCACCGAGUUCCGGCAGACGUCUCGAUCAAUCGGAUCUCAAUGCCGCGGAUACCGCGGACCAAGAUGAUGCAGAAGUGACGCCACCAGCAUACAUUCCGAGUCGCGAGCGGAACGAGUCCACAGGACCUUCGGUCAUCGCCACCCUUGGCUCUCGCGGACGACCAGAGCCGGCCGGCCUUGAGGCGGGGGCGUCUUCCAGCUUCCAUCGACCCCUCGCUGGCGAUGACGAUGCGCCGCCUCUCGCACCAACAUUGGAUCGAGCGCUAGCAGGUCGCGGUGCCAGGGCAGAGAAGCAACCGGAGCGGCCCGUGGAUCACAACAACGUAUCUUUACAGGCGGAAUCGUCAGUAUUCUUCGACGAUGCCAGUCGAGGCGCUUCGCAAACAGGUGCCGCUGCCUCUCGUGAUUCUUUGGCGCCCUUUGAGGAAGCUCAUGAUGCUUCGGCGGAGGGACCGCAUUCUGCGCACGUCGCAACGGACGACAAGUCAGUGCUUGCCGCGAUGCGAGCAGCUGCUUCCGCGCCCAGGGCUGAAUCGUCAGCGCCAGGCUAUGGUGCCUCAGACAUGGAAAUUCUGAGCGACCUGGUGGAUGAGAGCGGUGGCAACACGGUUCUCGGCUCCGCCGCUCCGAGCGCCCCAUCUGCACCGCCCCUCACCUUAACCGACGAUGACUUUGAAAGACUGUCCUCCACAUUGGACGCGGAUGCAGCUUCUGUGCCCGAAGGUUCUCGGUCCAACUCUACCGAUAGAGAGAUCGAUUUCGGCUCAGAAAGUAAGGGCAAGGCAGCAAUGCGUUUACCACCACCGCCAGCCCCAUCUGCCGGACUUACUCAAUACGAGAUGCCUCGAACGACAGACGCAUGGUCAGCAAGUGGCAGAGGCACAGGAAGCUCGCUUCCACCUCACGCUCCAUCGCUUGCCCUUGGCUCAGGUACGCACGCGGAGCACAGGAACGCGUCCGCACGACCAUCAGCGCCUGCUUUGCUCGAGAGCGAAGAGCGUCUGAGAAGAGCUGAGGAAAAGCGCAGGGAAGCCGAGGCAGAAUUGACCAUUGUCGCUUCUAGUCCUUCAGACUUGGUGCAGCUUUCGAGCCAAGAGCACGCGGGCACUGGAGGUCUUCCCGCUUAUGAGCGCAAUCCCAGCCACGGCUCAAAUGCUGCCCUCAUCGCGCACGGUGCGGCCGCACCGUCUGCACCGCCCAUUGGACCAUUCCGCGAGGAGGGAUCUUUGGAAGGAGUCGGAGCUGAGGCAUUCGCCUCACCGCAAGAGCCGGCGGGCGCCAGGCGAAAGUUCACUGAACAAACAGGCGCAACACAAGAGCCUUCUGCCCCACCACUCGACUGA